UGCGGGAGCCAGGGCAGCGUCCGCUUCGGUGACACCAUGAACGGCUCGGGCAACCCGGGGUCCGAAGACACCAGCCAGGAAGCCGGCAGCAGCGGCUGGCAGCUGGAGGCGGUCCUGGUGCCCCUGCUUUUCGCGCUCAUCUUCUUCGUGGGCACCGUGGGCAAUGCGCUGGUUUUAGCCGUGCUCUUGCGCGGCGGCCAGGCAGUCAGCACCACCAACCUAUUCAUCCUCAACCUGGGCGUGGCCGACCUGUGCUUCAUCCUGUGCUGCGUGCCUUUCCAGGCUACCAUCUAUACCCUGGACGGCUGGGUGUUCGGCUCGCUGCUCUGCAAGGCGGUUCAUUUCCUCAUCUUCCUCACCAUGCACGCCAGCAGUUUCACACUGGCCGCGGUCUCUCUAGACAGGUAUCUGGCUAUCCGCUACCCGCUGCAUUCCCGCGAGCUGCGCACACCUCGAAACGCGCUGGCGGCCAUCGGGCUCAUCUGGGGACUAGCGCUACUCUUCUCCGGGCCCUACCUGAGCUACUACCGUCAGUCGCAGCUGGCCAACCUGACCGUGUGCCACCCAGCAUGGAGCGCGCCUCGACGCCGCGCCAUGGACCUCUGCACCUUCGUCUUCAGCUACCUGUUGCCGGUGCUGGUUCUCAGUCUGACCUAUGCGCGCACCCUGCGCUACCUCUGGAGCACAGUCGACCCAGUGGCGGCAGGCUCAGGUUCCCAGCGCGCCAAACGCAAGGUGACACGCAUGAUCGUCAUUGUCGCCGUGCUCUUCUGCCUAUGUUGGAUGCCCCAUCACGCGCUUAUCCUCUGCGUGUGGUUUGGUCGCUUCCCGCUCACGCGCGCCACUUAUGCGCUGCGCAUCCUCUCACACCUCGUUUCUUACGCCAACUCCUGUGUCAACCCCAUCGUUUAUGCGCUGGUUUCUAAGCAUUUCCGUAAGGGUUUCCGCAAAAUCUGCACAGGCCUGCUGUGCCGCGCCCCGAGGCGAGCCUCAGGCCGAGUGUGCGUCUUGGCGCCUGGCAAUCAUAGUGGCAGUGUGCUGGACCGUGAGUCCACAGAUCUGACACACGUGAGCGAGGCAGCAGGGCCCCUUGUCCCGGCACCCGCGCUUCCCAACUGCACAUCCUCAAGUAGAGCCCUCGAUCCGGUCUGUUAAAGGAUCAAAGGGCAUCUAAAGACAUCUGCAGUGUGACCUGAGGACACCUGGGGUCAUGCUUGGAUGUUCGAGGGUUGCAGUCAAAGACUCAAAAUUGUAAGGAAAUGUUCUCUGUUACUAAACCGCACAGAUUGCUAGCCUUCACGUGACAUAAGCCUUCAAUCCCAGCACUUGGGAAGUUGAAGGAGGAAAGAAGCAGGAGCCCUGGAGUUUGAGCCCCCCUUUGAACUACAUGAGAUACAGUCUGAACAAUAAUAAAAUUCUUAAAAGGCUCAAAUCAUUUCAGAUGCUGUGAUGCACGUUGGAUUUAUAAAAGCCUCUGGGACUUUACAGGGUGUGGGAGGCUUCUCCUAGUGGGGUGCAGGCUGCUUAGCUUAACCAUUAAAAAUUAAAGUCCCUAACCGAAGCUAGGGAUUCAGUGUUACCUAACAUGUGCCCCCACAAGGUGCUAGUUGUACAUACCUAGGUCAUCAGCCAACUCCCAUGAGUUGAAGUUGACCGAGGGAGACAAGCAUCGCUUGUGUUUGUGUGCCUAGUUUGUCUAUGCGCAACCACACGGAGGGCUCCCCGAGACCUCGAAGUCAGGGCAGCCUGACCAGUGCUCCACUCUGGGCCUUGUAUUUGUUUCCCUGCCUACAACUGCACGGGACCAAGUACCCAGCAUUUAAAUUUUGCUUAGGGGUCAAAAAGUCACCUUCCAACAGGUUCCACUCCACAUACACUACAGUGAUGAAUUCUAAGACUUCAGGUUGGGGCAAGUUAAUUCGGCAGAACAGGGUUUCAGGUCACUGGUCUCUAUCUGUCCCCAGUAUUUAAGGAGCAGCAAGGACAUGGAGGUCCCCGUUGCACAUAAUGGAGUGUGCUGACUUUUGUCAAAGGCACCACUAAAGCACACAGCCUGCACCCCAACCCUAAUUAGGGUUUGUAGAAGAGACACAGUGAGGCUGGAGAGAUGGCUAAGCAGUUAAGAGCCCCUCUUUCGGAGGUUCUGAGUUCAGUUCCCAAUGAACACAUCAUGGCUCACCACCUGUAAUGGGAUCUGAAGCCCUCUUCCUGUG